UGAACUUCCCACACCCAUUAGCAUUUGCUUUACAACUUUAUCUGUCAGAAAAAUCUCCCAAUUCCUUCUAUUGCUUUCUCUCUUCUGAUCUUGUUCUUAGUUUGUUUCUUGAAUCUCAUACUAGUAAUCACAAAAUAUUGAUCAUGGGUCUCGUUGAAAGAGUUGUGUUUUUCAUGGUUUUGGCUGCUUUAUGUGUUGCUUCUUCAAUGGCUGAAGUUUACAAGGUUGGUGAUGACAAUGGAUGGACUACUCAAAACAUGCCUGAUUACCAAAAAUGGUCUGCUUCCAAAGCCUUCAAAAUUGGUGAUUCCAUCGUUUUUGAGUACUCGCCAAAGGAUAACAAUGUGAUUCUAGUGAGUUAUGAUGACUACAAGAAAUGCAACGGUUCAUCACCAAUGAAAACCUUCACCUCUGGCAAAGAUACAAUUCCAAUUAUGCGCAAGGAACACCUUUUCUUCAUUUCUGGAUUUCCUGACAGCUGUAUAAAGGGACAGAAGGUUGAUAUUAGAGUUGCUGAUACCUCUGUAGCUCCAACUCCACCUUCAGCACAAGGACCUUCUUCUUCCGCUCCUGCACCUUCACCAUCAGUCAGUGUUCCAGCUCCUUCACCAAACAGUGCUAUGUCUAUUUCCAAGGGUAUUACUGGGAAGUUCGGGUUUGUUAUUCUUGCAGUAGUAGCUGCUGUUGCUUGCUAGGUUGGUUUGCCUUGGAUUGUUUUUCUAUGGAGUUAUUGGUUGGUAUGGAUAUUGUUUUUACGGUUUUACUUUCUACAUUGUUCUUAAUUUAGUUACUAUUGUAAUGGAAUGUUAGCAUAUGCAAGCAAGUGAUGGAUGUUAUUAUGAUCAUUUGAAGAAAUACUAAAUUCCAUAGAUGGAUGUUAUUAUCAAUUUGAUUUUAAUUUAAUUUCGUAAUCA